UUAGAUUAAUGAUAAGGUGUUUUCGUAUUCGCGACAGAGGUAUAAAAACAAAACGAGUAUGUCAAGCAGGGCAUUAGUUACAUACCAGUGUUGUGCAAGCUUCCAUCCAUGACGUUCUUUAGAGUGUUCGUGCUGUGUUCGGUGCUAUGUCUCACCGCCGCUCAUCCCAAGCAGGAUGAUAGCGGUCGCAUCGUUGGAGGUACGGAAGCAGCUCCCGGUACCGCUCCGUACCAAGUGUCGCUGCAAGGACUGUUUAGCCAUAUGUGCGGUGGUACCAUCAUCGAUCGCCAAUGGGUGCUAACGGCAGCCCACUGUGCCAUACUGCCGCCCAAGCUAAUGCAGGUGCUCGCUGGUACGAACGAUUUGCGGUCCGGUGGCAAGCGGUACGGUGUGGAGCAGUUCUUCGUGCACAGCCGCUUCAACAAGCCACCGUUCCACAAUGACAUUGCGCUGGUGAAGCUGAAGACGCCCCUGGAGUUCGGAGAGUUCGUACAAGCCGUCGAGUACUCGGAGCGACAGCUUCCGGUAAAUGCAACGGUCAGGGCGACUGGUUGGGGUAAGGUUUCGACCUCUGGGUCUGUGCCGAGAAUGCUCCAAACGAUCAACUUGCGGUACGUGCCGUACGAGGAAUGCAAGCGGCUCCUCGAGGACAAUCCAGCAGUCGACUUGGGCCAUAUCUGCACAUUGACGAAGGAGGGCGAAGGUGUUUGUAAUGGCGAUUCCGGUGGACCGCUGGUGUACGAAGGAAAGGUUGUCGGAGUGGCCAACUUUGCGGUACCAUGUGCCCAGGGCUAUCCGGAUGGUUUUGCCAGUGUGUCAUAUUAUCACGAUUGGAUUCGGACGACACUCGCCAACAAUUCUUAACCGCGCUUCUUCAACUAUGUUCAUUUGUUCGAUUUGUUUUCGCUUAUUUACUCUUCAUUGUAACUUAAAUAAAGGCAUCUUACCCUUCUGCACAAUCUA